CCUGGGUACAGAUAUGAAGCUGGCCCUGCCCUCCAGCCUGGAGAACCACUACGAGACUCUGAGGCUGCUGUACACUGGCUGCCAGGUCGUCCAUGGCAACCUGGAGAUUACACACCUUCAUGGAAACCCGGACCUGUCCUUCCUACAGGGCAUUGUGGAGGUGCAGGGUUACGUGUUUGUGUCUCACGUGUCGGUGAGUAUGGUGCCUCUGGACAACCUCCGCAUCAUCCGAGGCAGCCAGCUCUACAACUCCAGCUAUGCACUGGCCGUGAUGGACAACACUCUGAGCGGUCAGGGGCUCAGGACUCUGCGGCUGCGUAGCCUCACAGAGAUCCUCUCGGGGGGCGUGUACAUUUGGGGAAACCCGCAGCUGUGCUUCCCUGACCCUCAGAACAUCAUUUGGAGAGACGAGCUGAAUGAGAAGAACUUUCAUGAGAGGCAGUACCGUCUGCAGCCUCGGGCGUCUCAAUGUCCACCUUGUUACCCUGCAUGUGGGAAAAGCUGCUGGGGAGAGACUGCACAGGACUGCCAGAGCUUGACGCGCAUUAAAUGUGGGUCGGGCUGUCAGAGGUGCAAAGGUCCGUUGCCCAAUGACUGCUGCCACCAGCAGUGUGCUGCUGGAUGCACGGGACCCAAAGAUUCUGACUGUCUGGCGUGUCAUCACUUCAACGACAGCGGUGUCUGCAAAGACAACUGUCCUCUACCAACCAUCUAUGACCCCAUCUCCUUCCAGCUCAAACCCAACCCAAACAGGAAGUUUAACUUUGGAGCCACGUGUGUCAAGACGUGUCCUUAUAACUACCUGGCUAUGGAUAUGGCCUGCACUUUGAAUUGUCCCAUGGCCAACCAGGAAGUUAUCAUCAGCCAUCCUGAUGGAAGUGAGACACAGAAGUGUGAGAAAUGUGACAACUGUCACAAAGUGUGUUAUGGUCUGGGCAUAGAUAACCUUGGCAUCAUGGACAACCACGGCAUUACUAUGGUAACGUCCUCUAACGUGGAUCAGUUCAACAAGUGUAAGAAGAUCUACGGUAGUCUGGCCUUCCUCCCACAGAGCUUUGCAAGGGACCAUGUGACUAACACGUCUGCUCUAACUCUGGAGCAGCUGAACUCCUUCAGAAACCUGGAGGAGAUCACAGGUUAUUUGUACAUUGAUGCGUGGCCUGAAGAGUGGACUGAUCUCAGUGUGUUUGAGAACCUGAAGGUGAUUCGAGGCCGGUCGCUCUACAAGUAAGACAUACGAGACAUACAAGACAUAUAAGACAUAU